ACCAGGGAAUAGUCCGUCGUUGGAUACCACCACCCUCUGCAAAAUGCAGGCCAUCAAAUGCGUCGUGGUGGGCGAUGGAGCGGUGGGGAAGACAUGUCUUCUCAUCAGCUACACCACCAAUGCCUUCCCUGGAGAAUACAUCCCCACAGUGUUUGACAACUACUCUGCCAAUGUGAUGGUAGAUGGGAAACCAGUGAAUCUGGGACUGUGGGAUACUGCAGGACAGGAGGACUACGACAGGCUCAGACCACUGUCCUAUCCACAGACGGUAAC